GGAAGAGAAGAAGAGUUCCUCAAAGUGUGUACGCUCCAGUCAGAGAGACUCUAAUUUCAAUUCGUCAUCAGAUACUCAAGAGUUGGAAGUAGUGGGAAGAAAAGCUGAAAUACUUACUGGAAGACCAAGCAAUGUAGAAAAAGCUGAAGAAGUUAAUUCAAAUGCUGAAGAGGAAUCAACAUAUCGAGCAUUGGUUCAAGAACUGGAUCAGGAGAAAGAAAGGAGGUGGAAAGCAGAGCAAGCAGAGAAGACAUUAAUAGAGCGUGUCAGAGAGCUACAGAAACGUGCAAAAGAAGAAAAGAAUAUUCAGAGUAUGGCUGUAUACACUACAGACAGGUUAAAGGAAUUGAUAUUGAAAGAGAGAGAUGCUAAAGCAAGACUGCAAGCAGAUGUCCAGCAGCUGAAAGGUGAAACUGAAAGACUUACAAAUGAGUUAAAUCGGGCGAGAGACAAAGAAGCAGAACAUCAGAAGGCCGUGCAGGCUUUAGAAGAAACACUGUCCAAGAUGGAGACACAGAGAUUGCAGCAACGAACAGUAGAGAUGAAACAGGUGCAAGAAGCAGAGCUUAAAGCAUCAGCAAAUGAAAGAGAAGUACAGUUACUUCGAAUAUCCUUCCGACAGCAGAAGGAGAAGGUAAAACAACUACAUGAGCUUCUUAUAUUAAGAGAGCAAGAGCAAAGGAAAGAACUCCAAACCCGAGUUGCUUUAAAUGGACCUGAAUUUCAAGAUGCUUUGGCAAAAGAAGUGGCUAAAGAGGAGCAGAGGCAUGAACAACGUGUUAAAGAAUUUCAGGAGAAAAUUCGUGUGUUAAACCAGAAGUAUGAGGAGUUAGAAGAUGAAUUUCGUUUGGCUUUAACUAUUGAAGCCAAAAGGUUUAAAGAGGUAGAAGAGCGUUUUGAAAACGCUGCUGCUGAUCUAGCUGAACAUAAACAAGCCCUCUUUGAGCUUGAACAAAAGGAAAAAGAGAUGGCAAGUCUGAUCGAGGACCUGACAAGUAUAGUGAAAGAACAGAGAGAAAAGAUUGAAGAAUUAACAAAAUCCAAUGAAGAAGCUACUACAAAGCUAAAGUGUCGAACUGGAGAGCUUGAAACUCUGAUUGAGGAGGACAAACAGAAGGCGGCAGAAGUUGUACUUCUGAAAAAGGAAAAUGGAAAACUUAUCUCUCAGCUGACAGCCCAGGAAUCCGUGAUUGAUGGGUUAAAAAUGGAAAGAAAAAUAUGGGGGCAGGAGUUGGCACAACAGGGAGCUCAUCUUGCUCAAGAUCGGGGAAAACUGGAGGCCAGAAUUGAAGUUUUAACGAAUGAGAUUGAGCUGUUGAAAAAGCAAAAGGAACAGGACAGUGAUACUAUAAGAAUUAAAAACAAAAUAGUGGACGAUCAGACAGAAACCAUUAGGAGAUUAAAAGAAGGUUUACAAGAAAAAGAUAAACAAAUCAGAAAACAGCAUGAAGAGAAUCGGGAAGCUCAGAAAUUUUUUCAAGUACAGUUGGAUGAAAAAGCUGCUGAAUUGGAAGAGCUAAUGGCAAAAUUAGAAAGGCAAAGUGAAAGAAAAGAGGAAUUAAAGCAACUGCUAGAAGAAAAAGAAGUAGAACUUGAUGACAUUAGGAACGCACACAGUGCACUGAAAAAGAAGUGGCAAGGUAAGGGAGAGCUAUUAAGCCAGCUGGAGGUGCAGGUGAAACAAAUGAAGGGGAACUUUGAUAUCAAAGAGAAGAAGCUGAUUGAAGAGAGAAAUAAAAGUCUUCAAACUCAGAGGAUUGCUGUGGAAAAGCUUCAUGAAAUGAAGGAUGCUUUUAAAAAACAACUUGAGUCAGUGUUUGCAGCUCAUCGGGAAGAGCUAUUGCAGCUGGCACAUGAAAAGGAAAAACUAAUUGAAGCAGCAAAUGAAAAAGUUUACUGUGUUGAAGAAGAAAUGCGACAGCUUCUGCAGGAAAUGGCAGACAAUAAAAAAGCCAUGGAAAAUAAAAUAAGACGACUUACACAUGCACUGAACGAUAUUCAACACGACCUUUGA